ACAAUUAAACUAAUACAAAAACAUCAAAGAUAUAUAGAGAUCUGUGUCUCUGUGGUUCAUUCAGUUAUUCAUUCAGAAAUAUAUUUUUUCUGCAUUGUUUCAAUUAGGAGCCAUUUUUUUCAAAUCUGGUCAAUUUUUUUUAAUAAAGGAUUUGCUAUUUCCUUCUUGAUUUCAUAAAAAAGUUUGGAUUUUGGGACACAACCACUGAACAAGGCUCAGGCUUUUUUUUUCUUCUGGGUGGCCACCGACUGACUCAAAUUCAAAGAGCUGUUUUCUCCGAUUCUGGGUUUGUGGAGGAGGAGGAGGAAGGAGGAAGGCAUGAUGGUGGCUGCAAGGAACAGGCCAAUGCUACGAAUCCUAGGUUUUUUUAUAUGCGCAGCUUUCAUCUAUCUCACAUUUAGGGAUUUGUGGUUGAAUCACGAGAGGAAACCAAAGCUAGGGUUUGUGAAAAGGAACGGAACUCAGUUCGUUGUUGAUGAUAUGCCUCUCUAUGUCAAUGGGUGGAACUCGUAUUGGUUCAUGGCCCAUGCCGUUGAUGAACAGAGCAGAAACCUUGUCGGUGAAAUGCUUGAAGCUGGUGCUAAAAUGGGCCUCACUGUUUGUCGAACUUGGGCUUUCAAUGACGGUGGCUACAACGCUCUUCAGAUCUCCCCUGGCCGAUUCGAUGAGCGAGUCUUUCAGGCCUUGGAUCAUGUAAUCGCAGAGGCGAAAAAACAUGAUGUUAGAUUGCUGCUUAGCUUAGUGAACAAUUUGCAAGCUUACGGAGGGAAGAGUCAGUAUGUGAAGUGGGCAUGGCAAGAAGGUGUUGGUCUCAGUUCUUCCAAUGAUUCCUUCUUCUUUGAUCCUUCUAUCCGCAAUUACUUCAAAAAUUAUCUCAAGACUCUGCUCACUCGGAAGAACUCAGUAACUGGAAUAGAGUACAGAAAUGAUCCAACGAUUUUCGCUUGGGAGUUGAUCAAUGAGCCACGAUGCACUACUGAUGUCUCUGGCAAAACUCUCCAAGACUGGAUAGACGAAAUGACGGGGUACAUUAAAUCGAUUGACGACAAGCAUCUCCUCACUGUAGGCUUGGAAGGUUUCUAUGGUCCUGAGAAUCCAAAACGGCUGACUGUUAAUCCAGAACAGUGGGCCUCUGCGCUUGGAUCAGACUUUGUUCAAAACUCUAAUUCCUCAAACAUCGAUUUUGCAUCCGUUCAUAUCUACCCUGAUCACUGGUUUCAUAAUCAGACCUUUGAAGAGAAGCUAAAGUUUGUGGUGAAAUGGAUGCAAUCUCACAUUGAAGACGGGAUGAAAGAGCUAAAGAAGCCAGUUCUGUUCACAGAGUUUGGACUCUCGAACCUGAACAAAGACUACGAACCAUCACAGCGAGAUAAGUUCUACAGAAUCAUCUUCGAUGUGGUUUACAAAUCAGCCAAGCGAAGGAAAGCAGGAGCAGGGACAUUGGUGUGGCAGCUAUUCAUGGAAGGCAUGGAAACGUUUGGUGAUGACUUUGGGAUUGUUCCACAUGAACAAGACUCCAUUUAUAAACUGAUGAUCGAACAAUCGUGUAGGUUGGCUAAAGUCACAGGACGUCGUAAUGAACAUAAGUUGAAAAAACUUUGUUCUCACAGACAUUGAGAGAAUCACUUGUAAAAAACUGUUGUCAUUUUUUUCCAACAGUGAAAUUUUGAUUCUCAAAUUUUGUUGUAUACAAAGAAUCAAUUUGAUACAUUCAAUCUGGUUCCUUGGUUUAAA